AUGGCUUCAGCUACUGCGCAGCGUCGUCUUCUUCAGGAAUAUCGCGCCCUUACAAAUAAUCCACCAGACGGUAUUACCGCAGGUCCGGUGACAGAGGAUGACUUACUUUGCUGGGAGGCCUUAAUAGAAGGACCAGAGGGUACACCAUUCGAAGGGGGAGUGUUCGCUGCCGAGUUGCAGUUUCCCAAAGACUAUCCACUUUCUCCGCCGAGUAUGAGGUUUCUUGGGGAAGUUUGGCACCCCAAUGUCUACCCCAGCGGUCUUGUCUGUAUAUCUAUUCUUCAUCCGGCCGGAGACGAUCCGAACCACUAUGAACAUGCAUCGGAGCGAUGGUCACCUAUACAAAGUGUCGAGAAAAUCUUAAUAAGUGUGAUGAGUAUGUUAGCAGAACCAAAUGAUGAGAGUCCGGCAAACGUGGAAGCUGCAAAGCAAUGGAGAGAAAAUAGGGCGGAAUAUGAACAGAAGGUCCGCGACGGUUGUAGGAGAAUGCUAGGAUUGUAA